GAAAAGGCUGCUGGUUGCAGAUCAUCUUCUUGGACUUUCAUUCUGGAGGGGUUUUAAUUACAUGAUCCAAUGGGACAAAGGCCUCUGAACAAGAGCAUUGUGAUUCUGCCAUGGAUUGCAGUUCUCUGCUAUUCUGAUUUUUUUGUUUCUUUUUCACUUCAGAUUGGAACAUGGAAGCAUGUUAAUUUGCUUGUGAAGUGACUUCUUGUCUGGAACUUAAAAUAAAUCAUAGCCAAAUCCAGUUGGUCCUGUGAAACUUAGAUUUUGUGACUAAACAUUGCUCUGUAAACCAGGAAAUCUUUGGCCUAUUUUGAGGCACCAAUAAAAAAUGGAUAUGCAAAGGUCAGCAGGACUAAGAGCAGAAAAAGGCCCUCCUGCCAUUCCAACUUGGAGCAGUGGAGAAUUUUGGGAAACAGACAGCCAGAAGAUCCCCUCUGAGGGCACUAUGAGUUCAGGUGUUCAGCACUGGCGCUUCAGGAAUUUCUGCUACCAGGAGUCCAAGGGGCCCAGGGAAGUUUGCAGCCAACUCCACCAGCUUUGCCAUCAAUGGCUGAAGCCGGAAAGAAGCACAAAAGCUGAGAUGCUGGACCUGGUGAUCCUUGAGCAGUUCCUGGCCGUCUUGCCCCCGGAGAUGGCGAGCUGGGUCCGGGAGUGUGGAGCAGAGACAUGUUCCCAAGCAGUAGCCUUGGCUGAAGGCUUCCUUCUGAGUCAGGCAGCAGACAAUGAGCUGGGAGUGAAGCAGGUGGAGCAGCCAUGGGUGGAAAUGGUCCCAAUGCAACCCAAAGGAAGGGGAGAUCUGUCCAGUUCCUCUCAGGAGCUGCUCUUUGGGAAGGUCUCCCAGGAUGAUCCAGUUUGCGUCACUUCAUCAGAGAAUGGAAAGAUGUUAAUAGAAAACCCCGAAACGUCUCCUCUUUGUGAUGGAGCAGAAACAGCAGCUGUGCCCCCAGCUCAGGGUUCUGUAUCCUUUGAGGAGGUGGUUGUAUAUUUCAUGGAGGAGGAGUGGGCACUGCUGGAUUGUUGCCAGAAAGCCUUGCAUAGGGAAGUCAUGUUGGAGAAUUCUCAGAAUGUGGCUGCUCUGGGUGAUGGGCAGGAGAAUGAGAUUUAUAAAGAGCCAAAUGGUUUGCAGUUGCAAACAAUCAAGCAUGAAGUGGAAGAAGUGAUGCUUGGAAAUCAAGGGGAGCCAAAAAGGCAAGAAAGAAGCUACUCAAAGGAUGGAGGGGAGAAGUCCUCCACUUCUCUGGGUGCUGAAAUCCACAGCUUCCUGACCCAGCAAGCUCAGAAAGGAAACAGAAGAGGAAAAUAUCCAGGAUGUGGCAAAAGAGACAAAACUAAAUUUGAUUUAAAUGAACAUUUUAGAACUCAGACUAAAGAGAAGCAAUACGACCACAGACAGCAUGUGAAAAGUAUGAAAAAUUUCUUCCCUCUAAUUUUACAUCAAAAAGUAUAUGCAAAACAGAAGCCAUAUACAUUUUUAAAAUGUGGAAAGAAUUUCAGUUUGAGUGGGCAUCUUACUUCCCGUGACAGAAGCCACAUGGGAGAGAAACUAUAUAAAUGCCUAAAGUGUGGAAAGAGGUUCAGUAGCAGCAGUAACCUUGUUUGCCAUAAAAGGAUCCACACAGGAGAGAAACCUUAUAAAUGCUUUGAAUGUGGAAAGUGCUUCAGUAGCAGUAGUUAUCUCAUUUCCCAUAAAAGGAUCCACACAGGAGAGAAACCAUAUCAAUGUUUUGAGUGUGGAAAGAGGCUCAGUAGCAGCAGCUAUCUAAUUUCUCAUAAAAGGAUCCACACUGGAGAGAAACCAUAUGAAUGCACAGAAUGUGGAAAGAGCUUUAGUCAGAACAGUAGUUUUAUACAGCAUAAAAGAAUUCACACAGGAGAGAAACCGUAUAAGUGUACAGAAUGUGAAAAGAGUUUCAGCAGAAAAAGUCUUCUUACUCACCACAAAAGGAUCCACACAGGGGAGAAACCAUAUCAGUGCGUGGAGUGUGGAAAGAGCUUUAGACUAAAAAGUACUCUUACUUCCCAUCAAAGGAUCCACACAGGAGAGAAACCAUAUAAAUGUGCGGUGUGUGGGAAAAGAUUUCGUGAGAGAAGCAGCUUUAUGAAACAUAAAAGAAUCCACACAGGGGAGAAACCAUAUAAGUGCACAGAGUGUGGAAAGGGCUUUAUUCAGAAGGGAGAACUUACUUCCCAUCAAAGGAUCCACACUGGGGAGAAACCAUAUAAAUGCAUGGAGUGUGGAAAGAGCUUCAGUCAGAACAGUAGUUUUAUACAGCAUAAAAGAAUUCAUACAGGGGAGAAACCAUAUAAGUGUAUGGAGUGUGGAAAGAGCUUUAGUCGAAACAGUAAUUUUAUACAACAUAAAAGAAUUCACACGGGGGAUAAACCAUAUCAAUGCAUGGAGUGUGGAAAAAGCUUUAUUCAGAAAGGAGAACUUACUUCACAUCGAAGGAUUCAUACAGGGGAAAAACCAUAUGAAUGCACAGAAUGUGGAAAGAGCUUCAGCAGGAGCAGCAAUCUUACUUGCCAUCAAAGGAUCCACACAGGGGAGAAGCCAUAUAAAUGCAUGGAGUGUGGAAAGAGCUUCAUUCAGAGCAGGGAUCUUUCUUCUCAUCAGAGAAUGCAUACUGGGGAGAAACCAUAUAAAUGUCCAGUCUGUGGAAAGAGCUUUAGUAUGAACAGUACUCUUACUUCCCAUCAAAGAACACACACAGGAGAGAAACCGUUUAAAUGCCUAAUUUGUGGGAAGAGCUUUAGCACAAACAGUACUCUUUCUUCCCAUCAAAGAACACACACGGGGGAGAAACCAUAUAAGUGCCCCGUUUGUGAAAAAAGCUUUAGUAUGAACAGUACUCUUACUUCCCAUCAAAGGAUCCACACAGGGGAGAAACCAUAUAUAUGUGUGAUUUGUGGAAAGAGGUUCCGUGAGAGCACUAGUCUUAUGAAACAUAAAAGAAUCCAUACAGGGGAGAAACCAUAUAAAUGUCUGGCGUGUGGAAAGAGCUUUAGUCAGAACAGACACCUUACUACCCAUAAAAGGAUUCAUAUGGGAGUAACCAUAUAAAUGCAUGGGGUCUGGAAAUGCUUCAGCUUGUUAGGCAGAAGAGAAUCUGGAUAGCAUGAAAAAGCUUCAGUAUCAGUGGCACCUUAUUUUUCACCUCGAGGAAAUUCUAUCAACCAGAGCAGCAUAGUUUUCUUUGGGCUGAGAGAGGAGUCAGGACUAAAUUUCCGUUUGAUUUCAUUCAUUUGCCAAAAUUAAGUGACUCGUAGUUAAGUUAGAUUAAUUCAAUUGAGAUGCCAUGAUUUCUUCCCUUUCAUGCAGUUCCUCUUCCAUCACAUUAAACUACUAUUCAGAGACUUUUUUAAGGACUCAAAAGCUCAGGUCUACUGAUGCACAGACCGGUGCUUAUUUCUUAGCACAUAACUCCUCAGAACCCCCUAAAAAGAUUGCGACAGUUGGUUUAGUCAUGAUGACUAUAAGGAAAAUAGUGUUUAAACGGGAGUUGAUAGGUCAUUUUCAUGUUAGAAGGCUGUUAGCUAUUUAUUUUAGUUUUAACAUUGUUACUCAUAUGUCUUGCUGCAUUGUGCACUGUAUAAACUUUAGUCUAUGACGGUAAAUAAACAAGGCAUCCAUUCAUACAA